UUCCGGUCGGAAGCGGAAGAGGCGCUGGGAUGCUGAGGGCUCUGGCUGGGAUGGGGAGGGGCGGGGAGGGGGCACCGGCACCGGGACCGGGACCGGGACCGGGCCGCUCCUGCAGCAGCCCCUUGGUGCUCCCCGGUGCCGCCGCCGCCCCGUCGAGCCCCCGAGGCUGGGCGGAGGCGCUGGCGGCCGCCGCCGGUGCCCUGCAGGCGGGCGGGCUGGUGGCGGUGCCCACCGACACGGUGUACGGCGUGGCCUGCCUGGCUCAGGACCCCCGCGCCGUGCGGAGCAUCUACGGCCUGAAGGGGCGCAACGGGAGGAAGCCGCUGGCCAUCUGCCUCGGGGACGUGGAGCACAUCUACCGGUACUGCCACGUGAACGUGCCAGACGAGCUGUUACGGGACCUGCUCCCCGGACCUGUAACCCUGGUCUUGAAGCGGUCGGAAGAGCUCAACAAGGACUUGAAUCCCUUCACGUCGCUGGUUGGUGUUCGCAUUCCAAACCACCCUUUUAUUAGGGAGCUGGCACGAGCUUGCUCUGGACCCCUGGCUUUAACGAGCGCUAACAUCAGCAGUCAGGCGAGCACGCUGACGGUUUCGGAAUUCCAAGACCUUUGGCCUCAGUUGUCCUUAGUCAUUGAUGGAGGCCCCAUAGGGGAUGUCCAGAGCCCAGAGUGCCGUUUGGGGUCAACCGUGGUCGACUUAUCUGUGUCGGGGAAGUACACCGUCAUUCGACCUGGCUGUGCGCUGCAAUCUACCGUUGAAAUCCUGAGGCAGAAGUAUGGCUUGGUACCGGAGUCAUCCUAAGACUUCAGACUCUGAGGAGGCUCUGCAGAGCUGGUGAAGCUGGGCACCGUGUGCCUGUGCGUGCAGGAACUGGCGUUUAAUGGCCUUGUUUAAUGAGGUCGAUGGGUUAUGGCAGGUUAAUAAACAAGGGGUAAUGAGAGCGACAGUUGAUGGGGAUCUGUUAAUUACUGUUACAUCUGCUGAAGCCUGAGAAACCAACGCAGGUAUUUAUGCUGAUCUCUUUGCGCUGCUGUACCAUUCCCCCGAACCUGUCUGUUUUAUUUACCUCAUCUGAAAUAAAAUAAUUUGGACGUUG